AGUUAAGCUUUAAUUUCAUGAUGGCGACGUUGGAGGACAAGCGAUUUGAUCUAGAUUACCGAAGCUUUUCCUCCAAAAAUGCCCGUUUUACUAUACUUCGCGUGAAACUAACCGACGCUGCCUUGCAUUCUAUCGAAAAGUAUCAAAAACACAAGAAUCAUUUAACCCAAAAAGCGACCAUUCUACUCAACUCCUCCAACGGCUCCUUACGAAUUCCAACUGGAAAAAAUAAUGAAACGAAAGAUUUUAAACUAACCGUAUCAAAAAUUCCGAAAGAAGAAGACUGUGUCGAACAAUCUAGAAACGGCUCAAAGUUUGUUGCACUUGGUGUUCAAACAUGCAAAAUUCAAGUUGGUGCUACGGAAGAGGUAUACGAACAGACUAGAGAAAGAAUGGUUGCUGCCGAAAAGGAAAGACAAAAGGAAGGAACUCAGGAAAUAGAAACCAAAGUUAAAAGUCUUGUUAAUGGUAGAAAUAAAGGUGUUUCGACACCCACAUCACCAUUUAGAAAAAGACACAGUCCUGUUACGAUACCGAAAAGAAACGAUGCGAAAAAUGACAUUACUUCUAGACCUCUUCGAGAUAGAAUCAUUCACAUUUUAGCCAUUGGUACUUAUAAAAGACCAGAACUGAUAAUUCGCCUUAAUAAUGAUGGACCUUCAUGUCAAGCUUCUUCACCUGAUUUGCUCAAUAACAUUCUCCAAGAUGUAGCCAACCAAUCCAAAGAGGGAAGUUACACUCUGCAACGCCGAUUCUACUCCAAAAUACAACCGGAUUGGCCUGGAUACUCUGCAGAAGACCGCAAAAUCCUUUUUGAUCGCAUGCCUACAAAACUGUCUCCUUCUGAGCCUGAAGCCAAAAAACCCAAAGUAGAUUCUACUUGUCCAGUUAGAAAGACUAAUUUGGAACAGAGAAUCGAAAGAGCUCAAAUGAAACGGGUACACGCUCAAAAUAAGGAGAUAUCUCCAAAACCUAUUUCGCCUACUGAUUUUACAAGGAAGUAUGUUCGGAUAGAAAACGACGAGCAGUUCAGAUCAUACGUUUCUUCAUAUCGAUCCGAGUACAGCUCCUAUAUAAGUCUGCAUUCCUUUCUUUUUAAGCAAUAUUAUUCUCAAUUCGAAGCUUUUCAAGAUGAACUUCAAAAAGUUGAUCCUGGUAGUGAAGAAGAACGUCGUCUUUGUGACAGUAUUAUAGAAGCUUUUAAUCGAGUGAAGAACGAUGAACAGUUUGAGAAAAGAAAAGGCAGAUUUGACAUCUUGCAUUCGAAACUUAGUCAUAUUAGACGGCUGAUAAAAGAGUAUGAAUCUAGAACUAAUUAA